AGCCAGACCAGCAGGAUUUCAUACCCUGCUCUAUUCUGCCCUGGACAGGUGGCCCCAUAAUGACAGCUCCAUAAUGGCAGUGGAUGAGGCCCUCCUGCACACCAGGAUCACUUUUCUGCUGCUCUGGGUUGGGAUGUCUCUGUCCAUUUCUGGCCAGUCUAGGAACAGGCCCUCCCAGCACUUCUCCUCCCCAGAAUUGGUGAUCCCCUUGAAGGUGACUGGCAGGGACAGAGGUAUAAAGGCUCCAGGCUGGCUCUCUUACAGCUUGCGGUUUGGGGGCCAGAGAUACAUUGUCCACAUGAAGGUCAAGAAGCUCUUGGUUUCUAAACAUUUCUUGGUGUUCACCUACACAGACCAGCAGGCCCUCAACCAGAAUCAGCCUUUUGUUCCUGAUGACUGCUACUAUCAGGGUUACGUGGAAGGAGUCCCCGAGUCCCUGGUUGCCCUCAGUACCUGUUCUGGAGGCUUUCGAGGAAUGCUGCAGAUAAAUGACCUUGCUUAUGAAAUUGAGCCAGUUAGGUUUUCUGCCACCUUUGAACAUCUGGUAUAUAAGAUUGACAGUGAUGAUACGCAAUUCUCACCUAUGACAUGUGGGUUAACAGAAGAGGAAAUAGCACGACAUUUGCAGUUGAGAGCCUCAUAUAAUUCUACUCUGAUACAAAGUCCUUACACCGGCUGGUGGACCCACUUGCGGUUUGUUGAGCUGGCAGUUGUCAUCGACCACGAGCGAUUCCUCUACUAUGAAAGUAAUGAGUCACUAGCACAUCGUGACGUAUUUGAUGUUGUCAAUAUCAUAGAUAUCUUAUAUAGCUCUUUGGAUGUUGAUAUAGUUUUGACCGGGCUUGAAAUCUGGAGUCAAGGAAACCAAGUUUUUCACAAUCAGAUAGAUAAGCUUGUGGAGCAAUUUGGCCUUUGGAAGGGUAACCAUCUUAAUGCCCGAAUACACCAUGAUGUUGCCCAUCUUUUCAUAAAAAAAAGUUUUGGCACAAAACUUGGAGUUGGCUACGUUGCAGGAGUAUGCAUCCCUCCUUAUAAUAGUGGAGUUGAUGUUUUUGAAGGAGACAGUCUGUUUUAUUUGGCACUUACUGUGUCCCAUGAACUUGGUCAUAAUUUGGGUAUGCACCAUGAUACUGAUCAUUGUGUGUGUGGGCUUCGGUGGUGCAUAAUGUAUCCCUCCUGGAAGGUGACAGCUAGGUUCAGCAAUUGCAGUUAUGCCCGGUUUUGGGACAACGCCAACAGUAAAGGAUCAUGUAUUAAGUCACUUCCACAACCUGUGAAUACCUUUAUGGGACAGUUUUGUGGGAACUCAGUGAUUGAAGAAGGAGAGGAGUGUGAUUGUGGAAACAUACACCAGUGUUUAGAUGAUCCCUGUUGUCUGUUGAACUGUACUCUGAAGCCUGGAGCUGCUUGUACUUCUGGAAUUUGUUGCAAAGACUGCAAGUUCAUGCCAUCAGGGACUGUGUGCAGACAUCAGAUGAGUGAAUGUGACCUCCCCGAGUGGUGUAAUGGGACAUCCCAUCAAUGCCCAGAAGAUGUGUAUGUGCAGGACGGGGUUCCUUGUGGUGAAGAUGCCUACUGCUAUGAAGGGAGAUGUCCCAACCGUGACAAGCAGUGCAGGGAGAUUUUUGGCAAAGAUGCAAGGAGUGCAUCUCAGAAUUGCUACAGAGUAGUCAACACCCAAGGAAAUCGAUUUGGUCACUGUGGUGUCCUAGACCUAAUAUACAUAAAAUGUGGGGACCCUGAUAUCCUCUGUGGGAGAGUGCAGUGUGAGAAUGUGGAAGUAAUUCCUAAUCUGAUAGAGCAUUCUACAGUGCAUCAAAUUCACCUCAAUAACGCCACUUGCUGGGGCACUGAUUAUCACCUAGGGAUGUCCAUACCUGAUAUUGGCCAAGUGAGAGAUGGCACAAUGUGUGGUGAAAAAAAGAUAUGCGUCCGCAAGAAGUGUGUCACCAUGACCGACCCACCACCAGGCUGUCAGGCUGAUGACACCUGCCACAAGAACGGAGUCUGCAAUAGUAAGCAGCACUGCCAUUGCAACCAUGGAUGGGCGCCUCCCAACUGCAAGGAUGCCGGCCUUGGAGGCAGCGUCGACAGCGGGCCGCCACCUCAGAAGCAGAAGGCGGUGGGAAAAGACAAAUGGUUGCACUACCUGCCUUUAUUGUGGUUUAUUCCUUUCAGUCUUUUCGUUUUGCUUUUCCUAAUUAUACUUGGUAAGAAAAUUUUGGAGGAGGAGAGGAAGGAAGAGGAAAACUAAGACUCCUGCCACCUUAAACAAAUCUCUAGCACCUCUUUUAAUAAUACAGAAACGUUAGUGCAUGUCUGACUGUUCAAAGAAAAAUUUAAGGAUCCUUCAUAUCAGGAUCGGAAGCAUUAAUAUCACACCAAAGGAUUUCUAGCAUGUGCUUUCUUACCCUACAUGUUUUAAGCAAUAUUAAAACUUCAUUUUUUUGCCCUGGAA